AUGCCGACCAGUUCGAGUGUCCCUGUUAAGCAUCCUCAUCGUCAUCUUGUGCUUGGGUUUGUAUUCCAUGCAGCAUUCCUUGCUUCUAUUUUCGAUAUCUACUUUGUGAGCCCUGUUUUGAAGGUCAAUCGACGGUUUAGUAUAUUGGACUCGAUCGAAGGAGAACCUGCUGCUUCCCGAGAUGAUGUGCUGCCUCUGGCUAGUCGAGUGGUCUUGAUUGUCGGUGAUGGAUUACGGGCCGACAAACUCUUUUCUUUGUUUGCCAAUCCGCCUUUUGACCCAGUUUUAGCAGUGCCCGAUUUGCCAGAACUGAAACCUAUUCCAACUUAUGAACGCUCCCAACCUCAUCUGAUGACCCCUGCACCAUAUUUACGGUCUCUGGUAGAAACUGGCAGAGCUAGCUGGGGCGUCAGUCAUACGCGAGUUCCUACUGAGAGCCGCCCUGGUCAUGUCGCCAUCAUUGCCGGCAUGUAUGAGGAUGUAAGUGCUGUCACUAGAGGCUGGAAGAUGAACCCUGUGAACUUUGACUCCGUCUUCAAUCAGUCUUCUCAUAGCUUUACCUUUGGAUCUCCUGAUAUUUUACCCAUGUUCAAGCAUGGUGCAUCAGAUCCAAACCGGGUUGAUGCAUGGAGUUAUGAUGAAGCGGCCGAGGAUUUCACCAAGGAUGCCGCUGAAUUAGACAUUUGGGUUCUUGAUCGUCUCAAAAAACUUUUCAUCGAUGCCAAGAAGGCAGGUCCUGGAAGCGAGCUCGACAAUCGGUUACGCUCCAACAAAGUCUUCUUUUUUCUUCAUCUGUUGGGACUAGAUACUACCGGUCAUUCCUACAGGCCGCACUCUCCUGAAUAUCUCCGGAAUGUGCAAGUGGUCGAUAAAGUCGUUCGGGGUACUGAGAAGCUUUUCGAGGACUUCUACGGUGAUGAUCGUACCGCAUACAUCUUCACCGCCGAUCAUGGCAUGAGCAAUAUUGGCAAUCAUGGUGAUGGCGACCCAGACAACACACGUACUCCAAUAGUCGCGUGGGGAAGCGGUAUCAAGGGUCGAGCGUCUGUAACUACUAACCCUUCGGUGCCGAUUGUGCCUUCAAACGAUCCAUACUUUGCAAAUUGGCAUCUUGAUAACAUGGGGAGGCUAGAUGUCGAACAAGCUGAUAUUGCACCCUUGAUGUCCACACUGGCAGGAACCCCCAUACCUGCCAACUCUGUUGGACGUCUGCCCAUGAAUUACCUCAAUGCAUCUUCGGACGAAUUAGCCAGGGCAGCGUACGCAAAUAUGCGCGAGAUCUUACAGCAAUACGAAACUAAACAUGCUAUGAAAGCUUCCACUACUUUCGCAUUUCGUCCGUUCCCCGAACUGCCCGAACGUGAAUCGAUCAAGCAACUAACCACGAUACAACGUCUCUUUCACAUUCAUCGCCUGAUAUUGACCGGUCGUCAUGAAGACGCAGUAAGAGCAUCGUCUGAAUUGCAAGCUGCUGCGUUAAGAGGUUUGAAAUACCUACAACGAUACGAUUGGUUUGUUCUCCGUACCCUUGUCACCAGCGGGUAUGUGGGGUGGAUGAUCUUGAGCGCAAUUCAUGUCUUGAGAACCUAUGCCUUGCCUCCAGUUUCAUAUCAGUCUCCGCAAGUAGGUUUUGGCAGCGUCUUAGGGUUCGCUGUCUUCCUGACCUUUGCCGUCAAGUUCUUCAUCGAACAAGCACCUCUCACUUAUUAUCUGUAUGCCGCCUUUCCGGCCUACUUUUGGAGUCGUAUCUUGAACGACUCCAAUACGAUUCAAGACGUACAAGACUGGGCGCAGUGCGUGGGCUCUCAACAGAGAGCCACGUCGUCCAGUAUCUUUAUUUGGUCUCUGAUAAGUCUAGAGUGCAUGGUCCUUGGAUACUUUCAGCGAUUCUACUGGUCCGUUGGAUGGGUCGUGGUCGGCAUUGUAUGGCCGGCUGUCGGAACAGACUAUGCAUUCCGCUCUCGUAAUCAGCAUCUCAUGCGCACAUGGACAGCCGUAGCCAUUGUCAGCAGCAUGUUUACGUUGCUACCCGUAGAAAAGGGAGAAAGUAUACCAACUAUCGCUCUUGGCUCGGCUCUUUUUCUUGGAGGGGCAUACGUUGCUCGUAAGCGACAAUAUUCACAUCCUACCAAUUCGCAGGUCGGUUUUAUCGUGGCGGCCUCUGUAAAUACGAUAUACUCGGCUCACAAGCUGAGUUCCAAACAAGGCCUUCCAAAAACAAAUCAAGCUUUGGGUUGGAUCAUCCUGCUUGGAUCAAUAUUGUCGCCUCUGUUUUCUUCGGGUCGUCGCUCUACACAUCAAUCUACACCUACAAAUGAAUCACUGCUACAUCAGACUCGACUGCUCAGACUUGUCUUCUCGUUCGUGCCGGCGUUCAUCAUUCUUUCACUAUCAUACGAGGUCUUGUUCUACUUCUGCUUUUCGCUAGCACUAUUGGUCUGGAUCGAAUUAGAAACUCGACUCGCGAACACCGGAACUCAAGUGAUUCGUCAACCAAAUGCAACUUCUGAGACAACGCGAUCUAAGUUGAGCAUGUAUCAACCUCAACACAUACGAUUAGCACUCUUCUUCCUCUUCUUCAUUCAUGUGGGGUUCUUUGGUACCGGUAACGUGGCCUCGAUCUCCUCAUUCUACCUGGAACCUGUCUAUCGCCUUGUGCCUGUCUUCAGCCCGUUCCUGAUGGCAUCAUUACUCCUGAUGAAGAUCUUAAUCCCAUUUUUAAUCGUGUCUUGUGCUUUCACAGCUCUCAAUAGACAACUGAGGUUACCUCGCAUGUCACUUUUCGUUUCCACCUUUGUAGUUUCAGACGUUUUGACACUCAACUUCUUUUUUCUCGUCACUGAUCAAGGUUCGUGGUUGGAAAUCGGUCAGAGUAUUAGUCAUUUUGCAAUCGCCAGUUUUUUGUUGGGUUGGACAAUUCUUUUGCAUAGUUUAGGUGAAGUUUUCUUAGGUAGAGAUCAUCAACAGUUGUAUGUCAAGCAAAAAUGA